UUUUUUUUUUAAAAUGUUCUUUGUAACUAUUAACUUUUUGAGGAAAACUUAAAGAAUGAUCCCUUCCACAAAAUUUAUUCCAAAAGAAAAACAUUUCUGUUGCAUUCAUUGAUUUACACUAAUCGUACGAAGAAAUAUACAUGAUUUGAAAUCUACAUUUUUUGAAAUGUUUAUUCCAGUAUGAUGGUAUGAAUAUGUUUUGAUUAUAACCUAGUUUGCUUAUUACAGGCUUUCUCCACAAUGGAAUUUACGUUUUUGAACUAUUUUGAAAAUAAUAAUAAUAAACCGCUUGUUGUAUCGAUUGUAAUUAGGUGAUCUUGUCAGUAAGCAGUUGAAAGACCAGAGAAAAGAGUAUGAAUGGGGCCAGUUCACCUGUAAAUUGUAAUGAUGGUCACCACGAGGCUACACGCCGAAAAAAUCACAACUUAGAUAAUUUAUCUUUUCAAUAAGAUAUUCUCUCCAACAUCCAACUAAACGUAGUCUUGAGGUCUAGAAUUUGCAGACGGAAGCAACAUAUUUAACUAAUACCAAGUUGGAAAUAAAAUCUUAUAAUACCCUAGCUAGUCUCUAUAGAGUGUGGCCAAUGAUCGAACAAAAUGCCAAUCUCUAACUAAACUCGUUGAAGAUUAGGAUAAGUAGCAAGGAAUCGUUAAGUCAUUAUGUAUAAAUAUGUGAUAUGAGGCAGUUCAAUUGUUGUAAGAAUCCUUAUUAUCAUUUUCCGAGGUGUAGUAUGUUAUUGAUUAAGCAUUUGCUUAAUCAUUUUGAGCUAGAUCCAUCUUAAACUUGAGUAUAAUAUUCUGAGAUGAGAAUGGAAUAUUUUCAAAAAGUUUUACCUCCUCCUACACACCAUAGGCCUAAUGAUGCUUAUAAUCAUUGCCUCGUUCAAUUAUUAAAAGCUCUUUUGAUUUCAAGCUUUACACAUCAUCAGUCAUCACACACUCGCUUCUCCUACUUAUAGAUCCACGUUCAAGAACUUGGAAAUUAUCUCAAAAACUGAAAGCUAAAUAAAAUAAGAAAGACAUAUAAAACAAGAAGAGGAAGAAAAGAUGAUAAGAAGAAACGCAGUUCAUGCCACUUCAAGUCUUCCGUCGAGAUUGUAUUGGCCGCAGCAACGGAGGAAAGGAAAACGGGCCGUCGUGAGAUUAGGAAACAGGCGACGAGGGUUCUUGGUGGGGCAACCGCGGACGGUGGUGCAGAGAUGGAGGAUGAACAUCGGAAAGCCGUUGAAGAUAAUGAGAAAUAUCAUUUUGGGAAUUAUCACAAAUGGUGGUAAUGUUAAGUUCUUGGAUGCUUAUCUUUGGUCUUUACCGAUCUUACGUCCGCAGUUGUUUCCACUAUGUUGACCAUUUGUGUUAUACCAAACUAAUUAUAAAACUGUAAUAUGUUUCUUGUUUUUUAUUUCCUUUUUCCACUUUUUUGUAUGAAUCUAAAUAAUUGGCUUUAUAAUGAAGUUAUAUUUGUUUGUGUA